AGUUUGGGGCAGAUCUGACGGAAGGAGACGACGACUAGAGACGUCCUCCAACCAGCCAAGCUGUGCUCAGUCCUGUAUCACAGCACUCCAGGUCUUCCAAGCGACAGUCUGUAACGGCUAAUCUCUUCAACUGACGACCUCUCAACAGGACCAUACAAUGGAGGACAAGAAGCCCCUGCCCAUCCCCGUAUAUGCGGGACACCCGGCAGAUCCUGGGACUGACUUCAAGGACCUUGCUGCGUAUCAGAAGAAGCUGAGGACCGGGCUUGUCGCGGGAGGUGUGCUCCUGGUGCUGCUGGUGACUGGAGCCACCCUGCUGGGCGUGUUUCUGUCCAGGGGCUCCAACAACAUGUUAACGACCAACCGCAAGCUGGAGUGCGACGGUAAAGUCAUCCAGGAGAAGAUCGAAGUUGAUGUCGAGUUGAAGACCGAGACUUUCUACACCAAGAGUGAGGAUGGAGAGACUGUCGUCAUGUAUGACACCAAAAAUGAUCUUGCCGCAUACAAGUUUUCCGGCCUCCAUAUCUGUUUCAUCGUGGAGGACAGCACAUACAGCGAGGAGGCUGCCGACAUGCUGGCAAAUGAAGUGGAGAACGAAGACGAGCGCGAAACAGUAGAGGAGGCUGAGGCUAGCGAAGGACUGAACCUCACCUUGGAUGAAAGUCGUGGAAGGGUGGACAGGUCAAUCCUGAGCGACAACAUGCUUGACUUCUGUAAGUCCCAUGAAGUCUACUGGGCCAUCACUCGCCAAGUUCCCUCGGCUUCGGACAACGCGCCCGCGGCUGCUGAUGACGGUGCAAGGAGCCGUAAGAAGCGACUUUCCUGCCGCGGGUAUUGGGGUUGUCGGUGUCUGUAUUACUACUACUGGGGCUGGUGGCGCCGCUGCUACUACUCCUGCCGCUACUGGUACCCGUGUUUGGGACAGUGGCCGUACGGCAAGUAAAGUCACAUGAGAGUCCUGUCCAUCCGUGCAACCAGCACGUCCGGAGGAUGGGUGAUGAAAGUUAGAUGAUGCGCACUUACUGUCAUGUCCUUUUCAAGGACGUGUUUACAAGAUAUUGCAGUGAAUUUUAGUACCAGGGAAACACAAACGCGAGAUUAGGUUUGUGUCUUUUGUUACUGCAUAUUUUAGAUGUUUAAGUUUGCAGAUGGAAUGUAAUAUCACAAUGCUUUGAUACUAGUAUACUUUUUAAAAGGAGACUAGACAUCACAAGACUAGACUUGUAUAUGACUGCCGGUACAUUUGCCAAUAAAUAGAUAGAUAACUGUUACUGUUUUUUGUGAUAACACAUGUAUACGUACUAGCCGCUCCUGUAGCCGAUCCUACAAGAAGUAGCCGUUUGAAUUCUUGUUUUUCAUUCAUGUGAAGCUUGGGGAUGGGGGAUAAGAAAAUGCAUGGUAAAGCGAUAAUAUUAUAUGUACUUUGUGAAUAAGGUUCGAACAGUAUUUUAUGGUUUCUUCAAUAAAAAUGGUGACAGAUUUUAA